GGAACAAAAAAAAGUGACAAGUAGAAGAAAAAUAGGGAGAAAGAACAAGGCGAGUAAAGCGGGUUUUUGGCGUCAAAAAGUGCUCUCUGGAGGAUAAAAAGUGUGGAAAAUCGAGUCAGAGAAGAUUCCCAAUAAGAGAUGAAGAGACGAAAUGCUGAUAUUAAAUUAAGGCGACCGAUAAAACGCAAUAAAAUCACGGAAGGAAUGUAUGGAAGCAAUACAAUAUUGUACAUCAAGUUCCUGUUGCUGUGGGCCAUUGUGAUUACAGCUGAUUUCAUGUUGGAAUUCCGUUUUGAAUUUCUUUGGCCUUUCUGGUUGCUCCUCCGUUCCGUUCAUGACUCUUUUAAGUACAAGGGACUGGCAUUUUCUGUCCUUUUUGUGUGUAUCGCCAUCACAUCGGAUCUCAUAUGUUUAUUUUUUAUACCAGUCCAUUGGCUCUUUUUUGCAGCAAGUACAUACGUUUGGGUACAAUAUGUGUGGCAUACAGAAAAGGGUAUUUGUUUACCAACAAUUGUACUAUGGAUGCUCUUCCUGUACAUUGAGGGUGCAAUUCGUUGGAAAGAUAGUCGACAUAUGCCACAUUUGGAUCUUUGUCGACCUUUUGCAGCCCAUUGUAUCGGUUAUCCUGUUGUGACUUUGGGUUUCGGCUUUAAGAGCUACGUCGGCUUUAGGAUGCGCCAAAGAAAACAGCGUGAAGUAGCUAAGGAGAAUGAAUUCUACAUGCAGCUGUUACAGCAAGCGCUACCUCAAGAGGAGCCAACUGAAGAUGCGAUAGCUCUUACAGAGACCAUCAGUGUGGCAGCUAUGGUGAACAAUGGGGAAGUGGUGAGAAAUAGUAAUGGAUCUACAAGGAGUCCACCUAAGACACUGAAUGUAGUGUCAACAGCUCAGUCUAAUGGGCAUGCCGUGGGUGCAUCCAAUGGGAGUGUGUCAAGUGGGCUGAUGACAAGUCGAGGGCACCAUGGUAAAAGGAAUAACAGCACGACAGCAGAUAGCAGCAAAUGUGAUCUUAAUAAUCAUAGUAGUAGUAAAUCAUCCAUUCAUCAGACAUCAUAUCAUCAGCAACAGCUAUGUGGCAAUAGCUCUUCCGUAUCAUCAACUUCCACGCAUAAUUCCACCGCUUCCGGAGGAGGUACAACCAACAAGGAUGUGACAAGGUCAUCGAGUGAUAGUCUAUCAGGUGGAUCAUCGCGUGAACGCGAUAGGGAUAUGUAUCCACCGCAGAACCCUAAGACUGAUCACCAUCAUCAACAGAAAUCGUCAAAUGGAUGUCCAGAUGCCAAUGGGCAAAGUGACGGAUCACCAUCAUCGACAAAAUCAUCACAAAGCAACAAAGUACAACACAAUAGUGGCAUCAAUUAUAAUUGCAAUAGUGAGCAACAUGGGGACACUACCACAGAUGUGUCCGUGGAACGUGGUAAGAAGAGGAAUCGUACAAGGCAAAAGGAUAUUCACCAUGUGAAUGGUGUUGAAGGACAUGUACAAACAAAUCACAAUCAGACAUCACAGACAGUGCCGCAGGUUUGCGAAUCGUGCCUUCGAUUGGAGGCUGAGGUAAAAAAAAUGCGAUCAGAUGUAGGACACAUGAAACAAGUGGAGCACGAUCUUAGGCAAAAAUUGGAUUCAGGAGCUACUAUUAAGUCAUGUUUGCAGGCUAAGCAAAAGGAAAACGAUGAACUGGAAAAAAAAAUUCAAGAUCUCAAUAAUUCGAGGCACGUUGACAGGCAAAAUCUGUUGAAUGCUGAGAAGAGACUUGGUGAAGAGCGCCGACAGCGUCUGACUUUGGAAUCACAGUUGGCCAACGAGAGGAAAUUGCGUGUGAAGGCGGAGGAGAAGGUGGCUAAACUUGCUGAAUGUGGUGAAUCUUGCAAAAUGAAGAAGAGACACCUUGAAUCUGAGGCCGGACGACUGAGACGAGAAUUGUCCGUGGCUGAUGAACACAAGAAAAAUAUUGAACAACAAAACAGACGAUAUGAAGAUGAAAUCCGAAAAAUGGAAGCAGAAAUGAGGAAUCGAGAUUCUCAGCAGGGUACAGAGAUGCUAAUGUCAGCACUUGCAGCAAUGCAGGACAAGAAUUCGACAUUGGAAAAAAAUCUUUCGGCUGAAACAAGAUUCAAGCUGGAUUUAUUUUCGGCACUGGGAGAGGCUCGUCGAGAGGUGGAUAUAAAAGAUUCACUGAUUCGAAACAUGGAGAAAGAGAUGCUGGAACUAAAGGGAAAGAUUGCUCAAUUGCUGGCCGUGAUGCCUGCCAUGCCAACGGCAGAGUCUUUCAAUUUAACACCAAAUUCAUCAGCGGGUAGCUCAAUGCUACGCCUAAAUGAUACACCACCCCUAAUAAUAGCUCAGCAGAGUCCAAAUCAGGCACAAUUGGGCUUGGGGCCACCAUCGAUUAUUUGCCAGUUGACCACAGGAGGCGUCAGUGGCAUGAGCCAGGCAACAAAUUGUGUUCAACAGCAACGUGAGAAUCCCGGUGUUGUUCUCACUGGAAAUUCAUCCACACUCGAUCCCAAUGCCACAGCUUAUACACCCAAGAACUCAUCACUAGUAGGUGGCACAGAAGCCUGACCAACACGUCUCACAUGAAGAUUAACCCAUAAUCUUCCAUCAGGACAUUGAGAAAAAAAAUCUGCGAAAUAGGAUUAAAUAAAAACACUCUUCUUUUGCGAUAUGGUAGGAUGAGACAGAGAUUAUGAUAAUAAGAUGAGAUAUGUAGAGGAGUGUGACAUGCCUUUGAAUGUGUCAGUCUUUGAAUAUUUCAUUUCUCUAAUUUUUCAAAGCAAAAAUUCUAUAAACUAUAGUUUAUAAUAUUAACUGUUUUCUAUUAAAUUCGAUUAAUAUAAUUCUUGCUUUGGGAAAUAUGGAAAAAAAUAAUAUAUCCAAAGACCAUCAUAUUCAAAGGAAGGAAAGUCACUUUCCUCUAUAAUUAUGUUUUUUUUUUAAUAUGUUUUAUAAAGGACAAAAAACUCCCUAUAGCCAAAUAGAACGGAAAUUUCAUUGAUUUACAAAUAAUCAAACGGAUUAAUAGUAAAUGAAGGAGCAAGUUUCAACUUUGUGUGGAAUCUUUAAUGCUCCAAAUCAAUCAUCUAUUUUAAUUUUAAUAGAAACAUUAGACAGGAACUACAAAAAUUAUUUAAUAUAUGUUAGAGGGAAGUGGGGCACCUUUGAAAUUGGGAUUUUUCUUCUAUGUUUAAGUAGAAGUGAGCCAUAUCAUAAUGUAAUUUAUCUUCUCAAUCUAUUUGUGCAACUGAAUUAUAUCACGAUUAAGGCUCAAUUUCAUUUGAAAAUAGGUGAAAAAUCGCAAUUUCAAAGGUGCUCCACUUCCCCCUAAUGAUGUUGUAACUAAAAUGAUUUCUUUAGUAGCUCAAUGAAUUUCGAUAUUAAUGUAUAGGUCUUUAUCUUUAUACAGCAGUCCCGGAUUUCUCAUUUCACUGUUAAUUUCGUAAAAAAAAACGUGUACCUUUGUUCGAAAACAACUUACAAGGAACCCAUUCAUUCAAUUCGUGUACACGUAAAAACACGCACAUCUCAGCGCUUCUCUUACUUUCUUCCUUCAGUGACCAUUAUCGAGCGCAUGUAUAUAAAUAAGUUUAUUGCAACACGGUUGAAGGACAGCAAAUGUUUUUUUUUGUGGAGUAAGCUGGAUCACUGCGUUGUGUAGUUCGUAGUCUGUCCUAACUACUAUCAGGAUAUUCUGUAUCUUAAGUACACUUGAUUUUUGUUUGUAUCAGAGGUUAAAAUAACAGAUUGAUUCCAUUGAUUUUUUCACCAAAUUGCAACUUCGCUAAACCUUGGCUAUAGGGCUCGAGAAGAUCGAUUAAAACAAAAUUUGAAUUUUGUCAGAUCAUUGUCCUGUUUAUCUCUUGUAUCCAAUCUACAUUCACACAUCUCUCAACUCAAUUUCCUCUCAGCACUGCUGUGCUUGAAUAACUAUUUGAUAACUACUUUUUUUAAGAUGACUGAAGUGUUUUUUUUUUUUUCAAAUCAAAACUAAUCUACAAUGUUCAAACUCAAUUCGACUGAUUUGUAUUAUUUCGUUUUUAGUUCGCUGUUUCAUUUCGUGCUCUACAAUUACCUCUUAAAUAUCUCUUAAAAAACAUUCAUAAUUGGCGCGUCAUCUUCAUUAAACUUAUUCUCACAAAUAGAGAGAAAUCUACAGAUAACUAAAAGAAUUCACAUGAGGAAUCUGUAGAAUGUUUUUAUUUCAAAAAAAUUAUUUUACGAAUUAUAUAGAAUCAGCCCCUCCAAGAUUUUUUAAAAUCUAAAUACUCAUAAUUUUGAAAUUAUUUGAAAGUGUGAAUUUAACUGAUUUAACUAUAUAUUAAAAAUUGAAAAAAAAAUCAAUAGAUAGAAGAGUCCAAAAAAAUACAGAAUAGUUUUGUGUUCUUUUAUCUGGAUAUAUUAUUUAGUUUUAUUUUUAUUUUUUUGUAAACCAAGAAUUGUAAAAUGGAGGUAUUUCACUCCAAAAAAAAAGAGAGUGAAGAAGUAAUGAAAUUAUUUAAAUGAAUUGUCAUUUUCUUCAUUUAUCUUUUGUGAUAUAAAUUAUAGACUAAAAAAUUGAUGGAACAGA